CUUAGAAGUCUCACCGGGGCCUGAAUGGGUGGGCUCUUUGCCAGACCUCUCAGCCUGCCUCCUUCCCUCCUGCAUUCUCGUUCCCGAGAGAGGAGGUGGGCCUGGUGGGUCAGGAAGAGGAGGUGCUGUGGGGUCGCUGUGCUGGAGGCACAGCCCUCUGGCUGGCAUUUCCGUCACCGGCUGUGGGGUGGGCACCUCGCUGACUCCCAACAGCACAGUCGACUAGCUGUUCUCAAGAGGGCCUGUUCCCAGGAUCCAUUUCUCUCAGCAGCGCAGGUUUCUUUCCCGUUCAGUCUUGAUUAGAUGCCUGCUGUGUGCACUCCGUUUAUUUGCACAGAGGGAAGGCUGGGACGGGCUGUGAAGGCAGACACAACCUGACUCACUUCCAGCUUCCCAUUCCUUGCUGUGUGGGUCUUGGGCAAGAGGUUCCCAUCUCGGAGCCUCCGUUCUUUCUCUGGAAGAUGAGGAACAGUGGUCCUUACCUGCGAGAGUGUAUGAAGCACUGGGCUUACAAUUUACAGAGUCAAACUUACAGAAAAGUUACAGGAAUAAUAAAACGAAAUCCCGUUUAUACUCUUCACCUAGAUUCACCAAUUAUCAACAUUUUUUGCCCUAUUUACUCUCUCUAUAUUUAUAUACUCAUUGUCAUCGCUGAUCCAUUUAAGACUAAGUUGCAGAUAUCAUGACCCUUUACCCCUAAAUAUUUCAGAGGGAAUCAUCUAAGAGCAAGGACAUUAUAAUGCAUAACCAGAAAAUGGUUUUCAUCUUCAGAAUCUUUAGUGUUGGUAUAAUACGAUGUUCAUUUGCUAGGGCCACCAUAACAAAGUACCAUAGACUGAGUGGCUUAAACAACAGAAAUUUCUGUCUCACAGUUCUGGAGGCUAGAAGUCCAAGAUCAAGGUGUCAGCAGGUUUGGUUUCUUCUGAGGCCUCUCCCCUAGACUUGCAGAUGGCUGCCUUCUUCCUGUGUCCUCACAUAGUCUUUCUUGUGUGUGCAUCCUUGGUGCCUCCUUGUGUAUCCAAAUUUCCUCCUCUUAUAAGGAUGCCAGUCAGAUUGGAUUAAGGCCCACCCUAAAGACAACACUGGAACUUAAUUACCUCUUUAAAGAUCUUAUCUCUAAGUAAGAUUACAUUCUGAGGUACCAGGGGUUAGGACUUCAACAUAUGAAUUGGGGAGAACACAACUCAGUCCAUAACAAAUAUUGUUAUCUGUAAGUCUAUAUUCAAACUUGUUAAUUGUCCUGCUAAUGUCCUUUCCCCCCAUUGACCCAAGAUCCAAUUUUGUCAAGUUGCUUUAGUCCCUUUUAUCUGGAACAGUUUCGCAGCCUCAGUUGCCAGGAAGCAGAGGUGCUGGCUGCCUUGGGACAGGAAAGCUGUUUAAGCAUUUGCUCCAUUCCUUGGGGUCGCUUUUCCUGGCUUUGCUUUGAUGUCAGAAGCACCAGGAGGUGAGCUUGGAUCGUAAAAAGAAGCGCGGAGAAUCAGAACUACUGUGCAUCAGUCUCCAGCCGAGUCGCACUUGGUCAGCGUUGAACAUGUCUUGGCUGGGGUGGUUGGCCUGCGCUGACCUGGGCAAUGGAGCUGUGUGAAAAACUGAUGGAGGGUGCCCUUGGGCAUGUGACAUUCCUACCAAUCUCAGUUUCCUAAUCUAUAAAACAUGGCCAGUAACACUAAUUAUAGUACUGCACUUUUUUUGGGCGUUCUUGCUGUGCAGAUAAAUACAAACUCUCAGCCACCCUGAAGGUCCAUGUGCUCGGAGGUCAUUGUUCUAAAUCCUUCCUGUGCAUUGUCUCACUUCAUCCUCUCAGGAACCCUAGUUGCUUUGUCCCCAUUUCAUGGAUGAGAAAACUGAGGAUUUAAUGAUUUAUCUGAAGACACAGCUUUCAAGUGACAAGAGCAAGGAGCUGAACGCAUGGCCAGCUUUUAGUGCCUUCUGUAAUUGCAGUCAACUCCAGGGAUAAUGUAUGUGAAGCAACUGACAAGUGGUGCCCGGAGAGGCCUGCACUCACCGCAGCCCACCAUCAUCGGCUGUCAGCGGAGAAUGUUGGCUGCUUCCUGGGGGUGUCGCUUUACACAGAGUCCUUAUCUUUUAGAAAAAUGUAUGAUGUGAUAUCUGGGACUUGCUGCAAAAGAGGACGUGGGAGGUUGAGAUGAAGCGGGGUUGGCCGUGGAGUUGUUGAAGCUGCGUUCUGCACGUGUCUGCAUCUUCCAUAAGUUAAGAAGAGUCUGACCAACUUGCAUUCAGCUUCAGCUGUAGCACUCCUGUCUGUGAGCCCAGGCCAGGAUGGGGGACUGCAGGGACCUUUGCCCUCACCUUGACUCGAUAGGGGAGGUGACCAAAGAGGACUUGCUGCUCAAAUCUAAGGGAGCCUGUCAGUCGUGUGGUGUUGCUGGACCGAACCUGUGGGCCUGUCUCGAGGUCGCCUGCCCCUACGUUGGCUGUGGAGAAUCCUUCGCUGACCACAGCACCAUUCAUGCGCAGGCAAAAAAGCACAACCUGACGGUGAACCUGACCACGUUCCGGGUGUGGUGUUACGCCUGCGAGAAGGAAGUGUUCCUGGAGCAGCGGCGGGCGGCCCACCCGCCAGGUCCCUCGCCCAGGUUCUCGGAGCAGGACUCUCCGUUGCCCUCCCACCCUCUGAAAGCCGUCCCUAUUGCCGUGGCCGACGAAGGAGAGUCCGAGUCGGAGGACGAUGACCUAAAACCUCGAGGCCUUACGGGCAUGAAGAACCUCGGGAACUCCUGCUACAUGAAUGCCGCCCUGCAGGCCCUGUCCAAUUGCCCGCCGCUGACCCAGUUCUUCCUGGAGUGUGGAGGCCUGGUGCGCACAGACAAGAAGCCAGCCCUGUGCAAAAGUUACCAGAAGCUGGUCUCUGAAGUCUGGCACAGGAAACGCCCAAGCUACGUGGUUCCCACCAGCCUGUCCCACGGGAUCAAGUUGGUCAACCCGAUGUUCCGUGGCUACGCCCAGCAGGACACCCAGGAGUUCCUGCGCUGCCUGAUGGACCAGCUGCACGAGGAGCUCAAGGAGCCUGUGGUGGCGGCCGCGGCGGCCCUGACGGAGGCUCGGGACUCAGACUCGAGCGACUCGGACGAGAAGCGGGAGGGCGACCGGAGCCCGUCAGAAGACGAGUUCCUGUCCUGCGACUCGAGCAGCGACCGGGGUGAGGGUGAUGGGCAGGGGCGCGGCGGGGGCGGCUCGCAGGCCGAGACGGAGCUGCUGAUCCCAGACGAGGCGGGCCGUGCCAUCUCCGAGAAGGAGCGGAGGAAGGAUCGCAAGUUCUCCUGGGGCCAGCAGCGCACCAACUCGGAGCAGGUGGACGAGGAUGCUGAUGUGGACACUGCCAUGGCCGCCCUUGACCGCCAGCCCGCAGAGCCUCAGCCACCAUCACCGCGGUCCACCAGCCCCUGCCGGACGCCAGAGCCGGAUAACGAGGCCCACGUGCGCAGCGCCUCUCGCCCCUGCAGCCCCGGCCGCCGCCACGAGGGCCACCGCCACGAGGGCCACCGCCACGAGGGCCACGCCAAGCUGGCCAGCAACCCUCCUCGUGCGAGCCCGGUGAGGCUGGGCCCGCCGCACGUGCUCAAGAAAGCCCAGGUCCCGAGUGCCGGCAGCCGGAGGCGGAAGGAGCAGCGCUACCGCAGCGUCAUCUCCGACAUCUUCGACGGCUCCGUCCUCAGCCUCGUGCAGUGUCUCACCUGUGACCGGGUGUCCACCACAGUGGAGACCUUCCAGGACCUGUCGCUGCCCAUUCCUGGCAAAGAGGACCUGGCCAAGCUCCACUCAGCCAUCUACCAGAACGUGCCAGCCAAGCCAGGUGCCUGCGGGGACAGCUACACCGCCCAGGGCUGGCUUGCCUUCAUCGUGGAGUAUAUCCGCAGGUUUGUGGUAUCCUGUACCCCCAGCUGGUUUUGGGGGCCGGUCGUCACCCUGGAAGACUGCCUUGCUGCCUUCUUUGCUGCCGAUGAGCUGAAGGGUGACAACAUGUACAGCUGUGAACGGUGUAAAAAGCUGCGGAACGGGGUGAAGUACUGUAAGGUCCUGCGGUUGCCCGAGAUCCUGUGCAUUCACCUGAAGCGCUUUCGGCACGAGGUGAUGUACUCAUUCAAAAUCAGCAGCCACGUCUCCUUCCCCCUCGAGGGGCUUGACCUGCGCCCCUUCCUCGCCAAGGAGUGUACGUCCCAGAUCACCACCUACGACCUCCUCUCCGUCAUCUGCCACCACGGCACGGCAGGCAGUGGCCACUACAUCGCCUACUGCCAAAACGUGAUCAACGGGCAGUGGUAUGAGUUUGAUGACCAGUAUGUCACCGAGGUCCACGAGACGGUGGUGCAGAACGCUGAGGCCUAUGUCCUCUUCUACAGGAAGAGCAGCGAGGAGGCCGUGCGGGAGCGGCAGCAGGUGGUGUCCCUGGCGGCCAUGCGGGAGCCCAGCCUGCUGCGGUUCUACGUGUCCCGAGAGUGGCUCAACAAGUUCAACACCUUCGCCGAGCCGGGGCCCAUCACCAACCACACCUUCCUCUGCUCCCACGGAGGCAUCCCGCCCAACAAGUACCACUACAUCGACGACCUGGUGGUGAUCCUGCCCCAGAACGUCUGGGAGCACCUCUACAGCAGGUUUGGGGGCGGCCCCGCCGUGAACCAUCUGUACGUGUGCUCCAUCUGCCAGGUGGAGAUCGAGGCGCUGGCCAAGCGCAGGCGGAUUGAGAUCGACACCUUCAUUAAGCUGAACAAGGCAUUCCAGGCUGAGGAGUCGCCGAGUGUCAUCUACUGCAUCAGCAUGCAGUGGUUCCGGGAGUGGGAGGCCUUUGUCAAGGGGAAGGACAGUGAGCCCCCCGGGCCCAUUGACAACAGCAGGAUCGCACAGGUCAAAGGAAGCGGUCACAUCCAGCCGAAGCAGGGUGCUGACUACGGGCAGAUUUCCGAGGAGACCUGGGUCUACCUGAACACCCUGUACGGCGGCGGCCCCGAGAUCGCCAUCCGGCAGAGUGUGGCCCAGCUCCAGGACCCAGAGAGCUUACAUGGGGAGCAGAAAAUCGAAGCUGAGACCCGGGCCGUGUGACUUGGUGGGCCAGUCCGCCCCCACCUUUGCCCUCCUCCCUGCGGAGGGUGUGUUUGUAUCCAGAGGAGAGGCCAGCCGCUUCAGAAACCCAGGUGCAUCAAGAGGCAGAAAAGUUGUUUGGUUCACAGUGAGGAACGCUGCAGCUAGGAAAUAUAUCCACUUCCGUCUUGUUCAAACGGCCGCAGCUCCGCGACGUUAACUUGAGUAUUUGUCCUGGCAGUGCCCACACGUUACUGUCGUUGUGUCCGCCAAACCCGCCCUCUCGCUAGCUCGGGCCCAGCUUUGUCCCUGGAGCUCUCAGUCAGGGGCUGUGGCCUUGGGCCGGAGGGUUGGGGAGCAGCUGCUGCUUCACAGGCAUUUCCCCGAGCGCCUAGUCCAGCACCCAGGUCUCGCAGGUAGAUGGGCAGAGCUGGCGGGCAGAGUGCCGAGCAGGGAGGAUGCUGCUGCUUGUCGCCGGGGCCAGUUCCUACGAGGCCCCUCUUCACCCCUGCAUCUCCUGGUUGUCACACAAAGGCUCCUGAAUCCUGGCUGCUCUCAGUGUUUGUCCUGCAGACUGCCGACUCCGGACUCAUUCACGACUGUGACCCAAAGGGGGUUGGGUUUCUGUCUGUAGGGCUUGAUCCUAGAGGCAGCUGGUCCCCUCUCCCCUGUGCUGCUGAGCUGGCCCCAUGAUGGGCUGUGACUUGCCCCUGCUAGGGAACGGGAUGAUGAAACGGGUACCUCACGUCGCCAUCACGUGCAGUUAACGCAGCUUCCCUAGGGGCUGACUCCCACCAAGCUGGGUGGAGCCCCUGGCCCACGGAGGUGGUGCUGGGGCCGCUCUCACACGUGGCUUCCAGAAAGGUGUCUCCUGGAUGCUGAGCGAGGCCACUGCUAGGGCACAGGGACUGCCGAGCACAGUGAGGCCGUCUUGCCUCCAGUGGCACCGAAGCCCCUGGACAAACAGCUGGGGCCAGAUGCUCCCCUCGUCAGGGCCAAAGCAAAUGGGGAGUGGGAAGGGGUCUUAGGACCAAGCUCCCCCACACUGUGGCCUUCGGUCUCCGUAGAAGCAGAUGUCGUGGAAAUUCCAGCGGGUGGUUCCGGCAGAGCCCUUGAAGCUCUUGCAAGUGAGAUGUUGCUCACUUCUGUGAUCUCGUUUUGCUGAAUCUGGUUCCCUCCCCACCGAGGCAGCACAUGAUCAAAGAACAAAGCACUGUUGGAAUUUCUUGACAUAUGCCACGGUCUUUGAAAGCUGCUUCUGCAGCCAGCGGCGACCCCACCGCAGAGCCUGGAGGCUGCAUGUUGCACCGUUUGUGACGUAGGGAUUCUGCCGUGCAGGUUGUAAUCUCACCCCACGUCUGUGCGGUCUAGUUUGUGUUCAGAAUGUCAUAAUAAAUACAUAUGCAUUCCCCACA